AUGGCAAGCAAGAGGCCCUUGAAGAUAUGUUGUGGGGUUACCUUCCUGCUAAUCCUUCUCUUAGGAAUAACAUUAGUGAUCUUAUAUUUCACCUUAUUGAAGCCCAAGCAGCCUAAAGUAGAGGCCAGGGCCGUUACCCUAGAGAACAUAGAAUUCGGAUUGUUCCCUGUGGUGAACCUCAAUGUGACCCUUGGCUUAGUGUUGUUAAUAAGGAACCCAAAUGUGGCUAGUUUCAAAUUUUCCAACUCGACUGCUUUCGCCUACUAUAGAGGUGUGGAGGUGGCCCAAUCUCCGGUACCGGAAGGCCGGAUUGCGGCACGUGGGUCCCACAUGGUGAGCACGAGAGUUGUGAUAGUCGCUGACAAAUUGGUGACGAACCCGAAUUUUUUCGGCGACAUUCUCAAGGGUUCCUUGUUUUUCACUUCGAUAUCAGAAGUGAGUGGCAAGGUUGGGCUCUUUGGGAUCGUUAAGUUUCGGGCGAUGUCAUCCACCAGUUGUGAAAUCACUGUUGUUUUGCCGGGUGGCCCUGUGAAUUCCACUUGCAACUCAGCAGUCAAGUUUUGA